UGGAACAAACUGCAUUCUUCUCACUCACUCACUAAUCUCAACCACCAAAAUUUCUGUGUGUUAAGCAUUUGAAUUUCAAAGAAGAAGUGAGAAUUUCGUAGUAAAGUAAGAGGAAAAGAAAGGGGGGAGGAGAUGUUCUAUUCACAGUGUCUUCUUUCCAGAAAUGGACCAUUAAGAGCUAUAUGGGUUGCGGCUUAUUUUCAUAAAAAACUUAAGAAAGAACAAAUUGCUCAGACUGAUAUCUCUUCUUCUGUUGAUGAAAUCGUUCUAAAUGAAUAUACUGUCACGUAUAGAGUACUGGGUUACCUUCUUCUUGGUGUGGUCAGGAUAUACUCAAAGAAAGUCGAGUAUCUAUUUGAUGAUUGUCAGGAUUGUCUUGUUAGAAUCAACAUGUACAAAAAAGAUAAGUUACCCAAGGAAUCCAUGUGUGCCCCACAUUCUGCUAUCACUCUGCCAGACACAUUCGCACUUGAUGCUUUUAAUUUAGAAAUUGUAGAAGAUGUGACUGGAAGAUCAGAUCAUGUUUUAGAGCAGGAUUUUAGCAGGGAGAAAUCAAAAACCAACGAGCAAACACUAGAAGAAGCAUGGGAAAUUGCAAGAAAUGCUUACUUUUUGGACAAGUAUCAAGAGGAGGGCACAGCUUCCUUUGCCAGUAGUUCUCACAAUGCACCAAUUGAAGAUCCUCCUUUGUCUCUGGCGGUGGACAUUGGAGUGAGACUAAGCCCGGCACGAAGUGGAUCACAUGCAAGCAUCGAGAAGCUUCAAAACCUUCAGUUUCUUCAAGAAGAUUAUGCAGAUCUUGAAAUGUUCUCUGAAGCAGAUGAACCUCUUACUCCCAGUAAACAAAAUAUCGAAAUGAAUAAUCACGAGGAACGGAUUAUUUCGAUGGAGAUGACACCGCCUGGGAAUGAAAAUCUUCUAAGUGUUCAGCUACCUCAAGAAGAGGGAUGCCCAGACCUUGAAAUGUCUGUUGAAAUCGAUGAACCUCGGACGCCGAGUAGACAAGUUGAUGAAAUGAGUAGUAAGAAAGAGCGUCAGGUCAAGAAUUUGGAGAUUAGACUGCCUGGUCUUGGGGAACCUCAUGAUAUUAGUAAAAACCAUCCAGUAGCUUCACCAAUAGACAAAUGUGCUGACAAGUUGUCGAACAUAUUAGGUUAUCAAGGUGAUGCUACCCCAGAGGUCGUUGGAGUUCAAACUCCCGCUAGGAAGGACCAAGGUAGAAGAACAAGGAAGCGAAAAGUUGUAUGGGAUGACACUGCAGUGUUACCAAAUGAAGUAAUCAAGCAAAGCAUAUAUGACUCAAGUUCAUUAGUAUUUAAGCGGAGAAAAGCUCCAGUGACUGCUCUAGGCACUUGGAGAGCCAACACAGUUCCCAAACUCUGUCAGGACUUUACGAAGCCUUUGAUUCUUGGUUGUUCUUGGCUUGAGGACCUCUUCUACAAAAAGAAAUAUAAGGUCCAACAAGUUGAAGCGGAUAAAGCUUCUAACAACUCGACAGAGAAGGUACAUGAGACACAAUCCAAAUAUUCGGAACAGCAUGUAGACAUGGAGGAAAGUUAUGUUGAUCCCCCACCUUUGGCAUCUGUUGGGUUAGUUAAGUGCACCACGUCUAGGGUAUCUGGCGAAAAUGGAGCUGAAAUUUUCAGUGGAAGUGAAGCAGAAAAGAAAGCUGCAACUGAGAUCCCAGACCUUGGGCUUAAUCUGACAGAUGAGGAAAUAGGCCAGCAUGAAGACCAUCAAAAGUCAGGUGAAUUGUCAGUUACCACAAGAAAAUUGGCCAAAUAUCUGUCUGAAAGCUUUCAGAGUAAAAAGGGACAAAACGAGAAGGAAGUUUUAAGUUUGGAACCAAUGCUUAAAGGCAGGACAAAAAGGGAAAGUGCUAAGCUGUUCUAUGAAAUACUGGUGUUGAAGACAUUGGAUAUGAUAAAUGUGAAGCAAGAAGCUCCAUAUGAUGACAUAGUAUUGAUGCCAGCAACUCUGCAAACUGAAGAAAAUCUCUAGAGCUGGUGGUCGUAGUAGCAUAGGAGGAGAGAUAAGUUUAACAUGCACUGAUGCAGACUUAGGUUUAGCAAGGAGUAACAUGUAUAGUUGUAGAAAGUAAUCACUGAUACCAUGGUUGUUACCUUUGUAUCCAGGUGGAAUAAUGUUAAUUAACUGUAGAGACUAGUAGUGACCCCGGGUCUUUAAAUCUAAAGACCUGCCUUUUGUAGUAUAUGAAGUUUUGAGUUCUUAAAUUGCGUACAUUAUGAUAUAUCACAUUGCAGAUGUGUUUCAA